GCAGUCCCCCGCUCUACGGCCCAGGGCACUGCCCUGCACGGGAGGGGCGGACGGCGCUGCGCUCUGUGCCCCUCGUUGCAGCUCCUCUCUGCACCCGCAGCUCAGACCCGCGGGCUGUUCUCCCACUGCCCCUUCCUGGGGGGCCGCAGCCCGGGACCCGCAGCAUCCCUGGCUUCGCUGCAGGGUUUGUGCUGCCUUCAAGCUUCUCCUGACACAACAACACCCGACUGUGCAGGCUCCACGUGUGAGUGACCGAAAGAAGGAAGACGGAGCAGGGAAUGGCAUUGACACGGCUGUGCUGAAUGUCCCACAGCUCCUCCUGACGCCGCAUCUUGCACGUCUGCAGGAGCCCCGUGUGGUGCGCGGUGCAGGAAGCCGGGGCCGCUCGGCAGCAGAGCCCGAGGGCAGCUGAGUGCUGAGCAUCCCCUCCUCCUGCAGCUGACUCCAAGAUCUCAGCCCAGCGGUGAGCAGCCAACAAAGAAACGCGUCCGCGAGCAAUGGAGUGAAGGAGACUGUUGGUCAGCCCCGCUGGCACGGUCUGAAACGUGAGCAGCACCUGAAGUUCCUUUCCAUCCAGCAGCCCCAUUCCAGCAGCGGUUUUGCUCCGUUCCCUCCUCCCAAUCACAUUAUGCCAUCCAGGUCCCAUCUCACACGGAUCACUUACACUCUGGGUUCCCUAUUUGGCACGUGCAUCCAUGCGUUUGCCCACCUCAGGAUCCCACUCUGGGGCCUCCUUCCUUCCUAAGCACAGAAGCAAGAUCCUCCUGCAUGGCUUCUGGCCCCUCCAGCCACCCCAACAGCAGCUCCUCCUUCAUCCUGGCGGGUCCCACCCUGGAAGCUUUCCCCAACUGCCUGGGCAUCCUUUUCUGCUCAGCAUACAUCCUGGCCCUGCUGGCAAACAGCUCGGUUCUGCUCACUCUUGUGCUGGACAAGUCCCUGCAGGACCCCAUGCACUGCUUCCUGGCCAUGCUGGCCGCCAUCGACGUGGUGAUGGUGACGUCCGUCGUCCCCAAGCUGCUGGGCAUCUUCUGGUUCCAUUCCAACCAGAUCGGCUUCACCGCCUGUUUUGUUCAGAUGUUCUUUGUUCACUCCUCAACAGCGGAGGAGUCGGGAGUGCUCCUGGCCAUGGCUUUUGACCGCUACGUCGCCAUCUGUCACCCCCUCAGGUACAGAAUGAUCCUCAAUCGACAAACAGUUGCCCGGAUAUGUCUGGCCAUCGUGGUGAGAGGGUUCCUCGUCAUGGUCCCAUUGUCAGGGAUGGUGACAAAGCUCCCCUACUGCCAUUCCCUCGUGGUUCCCCAUUCAUACUGUGAGCACAUGGCUGUCACCAGUCUGGCCUGUGCAGACCCCAACCCCAGCAGACUCUACAGCGUGUCUCUGUCCUCUCUCAUAGUAGGGAUGGACACGGCUUUCAUUGCUGCGUCCUACCUGAUGAUCCUGAAAGCCGUCCUGGGCAAGGACUCGUGCAGGAGGGCCUUCAGCACCUGCGGGUGCCACAUGGCUGUGAUGCUGCUGUUCUACAUCCCCGGCCUGGUCUCCAUCUACGUGCAGCAGUUCAGCCGCGCUGUGUCCGUGCGCGCACAGGUUCUGCUGGCCGACCUCUACCUCACCCUGCCCGCCGUGCUCAACCCCAUCAUCUACAGCAUGAGGAACAGGCGGAUCCGGAAGGCGAUGUUCAACCUGCUGCUCCCCAGGAAGGCUCAUUUCUGUCGCAGCACUCAGUGACCUUCCCGGUCUGUUCAUCCACAAUCAGAGCACCCAUCCCAUUCCCAUUGGGUGAACACAGAGAUCGGAAGCCAGGAGGGGCUGGGGGGGACAUGUUGGUUUUAAUGACU